AUGGGUGAUCACGGAUUUGCCUUGCAGUCGGCUCACCCCAGCAAUAGCGGUAGCAAUAAUAACCUCCCCCUCCUGGCUUUUUCCUCGUCCAAAUACCGUAACAGCCCGACGAGUGUGGUGUAUGAUAUCCUCAAUAAUAACUCGUCUCUGUUUUUCCCCGUUUCAGCUCAGCAAACCAUGCAGGAUGAUUUACUGAUGGACAAAAGCAAAGCUCAGCCUCAUCAGCAGCAAGAUCCAACUAACAUAGACCCUCCUUCUACCCCGACCCCUUCAUCGGAACCCCAAAUCUCAGAGGAGAGUCCAUCGACUGUGACUAACCAAGCACCUUCGAUUCAAAACAACAAGGAUAAAGUACCGAUGGAGUCGCCUAUCCUACCGGGGCUGAGCUUUCAUCAGGCGCAGGAGACCUGCGGCACCUCCUUGUCACCCUCAUUCGGUAGCACUUGGUCCACUGGAACCUCGAACACGGUGGACGAUAGCUUUUUUCAAGGAAUUCCCUCUGUUAAUGGGACGAUGCUUUUCCAAAACUUCCCCCACCACGUCAAUCCGGUUUUCGGUGGCAAUUUCUCACCUCAGAUUGGUUUGGCACAGUCUCAACACCAACAGCAGCAAGCACAGCAGCAACAGCAGCCGCAGCAGAGGAGGUCUCCGGUCAGCCCCAACCAAGCUCCUUUCCCUCAGAGAAACGCUUACAGCCACCAAACCGUCAUGAACAGCAAAGCUUCUUCGUCUUCUGCCUCUUCGUCCGCUUGGAAUAAUCACCAAAACGCUGCUUGGAGCACAGCAUCGAAUCCCUGGAGCGGGCUCCAGGCAGGCAGGGACCCACGGAGACCGGUUGGAGUCGGGGUUGGGGUUGGCGUCGGGGUCCCCUCACCUCUUAAUCCUAUUUCCCCGAUGAAAAAGCCCUAUCCAAGUAACGUCAUUGCACCCCCAAAAUUUCCUAGACCUGGUCCGCUCACCCCGAAACCUUGGAUGGAGGACAACGCCUUUAGGACGGACAACAGUAACAGUAUGCUACCUUUUCAGGACCGGAAUCGGCCCUUUGACCCAUUUAGCUUGCAAACUUUGGAGAAUUCCUUAAUGGAUAUGAUUAGGACUGAUCACGACAAAGGUAAACCACACCCAGCCGGUGGCCCUCCAAUGACUAUCGCUGAUAUUAUAUGGAGGAAUCAUUUUGCAGGAAGAAUGGGUCUCAAUUUCCACCAUCCUGCCGCUGAUCAUAUAAUGCCGCUGAACACCAGGAGCUUUGGUCGCAGAAGAGGUCGCUCGUCACUCUUUCCGUUUGAGGACGGUUUUCUUGAUGAUGGCCACGGCGAUCAGUCCCUGACCCCAGGCUUGAGUUCACCGACGCGCUGUCAGAACGGGGAGAGGAUGGAGCGUUACUCCAGAAAGGUGUUUGUGGGUGGACUCCCCCCGGAUAUAGACGAAGAUGAGAUCACCAACAGUUUCCGUCGCUAUGGACACCUGGUGGUGGACUGGCCUCAUAAAGCUGAAAGCAAGUCCUACUUUCCUCCAAAAGGCUAUGCCUUCCUGCUCUUCCAGGAGGAGAGCUCUGUGCAGGCCCUCAUUGAUGCCUGCAUUGAAGAGGAUGGCAAACUCUACCUAUGUGUCUCCAGUCCCACCAUCAAAGAUAAACCAGUCCAAAUCCGCCCCUGGAAUUUGAGUGACAGUGACUUUGUGAUGGAUGGCUCUCAACCGUUGGAUCCCAGAAAGACCAUUUUUGUCGGGGGAGUUCCACGACCCCUUCGUGCAGUGGAGUUGGCUAUGAUAAUGGACCGACUGUAUGGGGGCGUGUGCUACGCUGGCAUUGACACUGAUCCGGAGCUCAAAUACCCGAAGGGGGCGGGUCGUGUAGCUUUCUCCAAUCAGCAGAGCUACAUCGCUGCCAUCAGCGCACGAUUCGUCCAGUUGCAGCACAAUGACAUUGACAAACGGGUGGAGGUGAAGCCGUAUGUGUUGGAUGACCAGAUGUGUGAUGAAUGCCAGGGGGCGCGCUGUGGGGGCAAAUUUGCCCCGUUCUUCUGUGCCAACGUCACCUGUCUGCAGUACUACUGCGAGUACUGCUGGGCCAGCAUCCACUCCCGUGCCGGCAGAGAGUUCCACAAACCACUGGUUAAAGAGGGGGGCGACCGCCCCCGCCACGUCUCCUUCCGCUGGAGCUGAUGGAAGGGAAGUUUUGUGGGCUGCCCUUCCUCCCCUCCCCCACACCCCAAAUGGAGAUAUCACCCAACAGGAGACAGCCCCCGCUCCUCCUCCCUCCCCCUCCCCAACCAACACCACCUCCACCGCCACCACCACCAUACUCCUUCACCAUGACUACCAGAACGACGACAACUACAUAUACAUGGGUCUUUUUUUUUUUUUUCUUUUCAUAACAAAAAGAAAAAAAAAAAUUCACAGCUCUAAAGUCUUUGAGUAUAUUCUCUGCAAGUCAACAUUUAAAAACAGAAACAAAGUCUGUCUGCUCUGAAAUUGCACUUUGGAACAGGAGUUUAUACAGACCACGCUCAUUAUGUUAGCUCUGUUGUGAAAAUGAAAGAUUUUUAUGAGGUUAGUUUUAUUUUCCUUUAUUUCUUCAUUGAUUUUGGUGGGUCAGUGUUCCUUUCUGGGCACCAUUAGGUUAAUACAGGAGUGAAACUAUACGUCUAUAUUUAAACAAAGUAUAUAUUUUUGUUUAAUAUCUAUCUAUCCAUACAUAGAUAAUUAAUUUUUUGUGAAAGAAGCAUGCACUUAUUUUCAGCAAUGGUAGGAGAUUGCCCCUAGUUAAAAAAAAAUUACCAAAGGUAAAAUAAAACAAUUACAUUAAUAAAAACAACUGUAGGCGGCAUAAACUGUAGCAAAAUUGAAUAACUCUCCAUUAUAAUAUAGUUCAAAGAGAGACAGAGAACACCCAAAAUUAGAAUAACCAUACCUAUAUUUGCUCUCCAUUUUUGAAAAUAUUAAU